CGUUUUACUUUCCUCUUCUCCUCGCUCUAACUUCUCUUUCGUUUCCUCUUUUUCUUUACUCACUGAAAUACUCAUAAUUACACGCAUCGAUUGCUAAACAGAUCUCCCGGAGGACGUGUCAUGUCGAGCAGACAUUACAUCCUGGUCUGUCCUUGUGUCCUGUGUCAUCGGGAAAGUCUACUCUUCGCGGGGAGUUUACACCUGUCAACUGUUUCGACUGAAAGAUUCAGAAACAAAAAGCCUGGGAACAGAAACCAUGGUGACAUCAGCAACAAACGACUACAUCACAGAGAGCGAAGUGAAGAUGUCGGGUUCCUGUCGGUUCAACUCUACUUUGUCAGCAGAGGAAGGAAACUAUGGUUUUGAAGUGGUUGUCUUCCCAGGAGGAUUGACCUACUCCGCCAAUUUUACAAAGGAACAGAAGUGGUACUCAGUCGAAAGACCCUCAGCGCCAAGACUUGUAUGCAAGUCACUGCCCUGUUCACAGGGACAGACACAAGUCAACUGCACGUGCACUGCUACUCACUUGGGACAGCCUAUAGGACAUUUGCGGAUGCUCGUGGGGAAUGAGACCCACAUCAUGGUGCCAGCCAACAACGAGAAGGACGAUGGCAACCCACACGAAUAUCAUUAUUCACAAACCUUGAGUGUAUCCGAUGACAACAUCUGGGUCAGAUGUGAUGUUGUGUGGGAGAGAGAGGAGAUUCCAGGAGCACUCUACACUGCCGGUGUACCAUGUCUACUACACAACUAGCCUUGCUUGAGCUGUCCAGUCACAUAGAAAGGGAUUGUACAUCAGCAGCCACACCAACACGGAACUGCAGCUAAUCCAGGAAUCCACAAUGCUGACAAUAAUGACAACAACAAACCUUCUUCUGGUAAUCGGAUUCUCCAUCACCAAAGGUGCAAUUGUGUUGCCGUGUGGAAACAACCUCACAGAUGUGCCGUAUGGUCAGAAAACGGUCUUCGCGUGCAAUACAGAAGGACAAGUUCAGUGGCAUAUACAGCUUGGCAACUCUGGGAGCUUUGAGCUCUUGGCGCAGUGUGAGGUGGAAAGUUGUUACACCUCCACCACCUUUAGCGGGCUCUUCGUUGCUCAGGUCACCGAAGGUCAGAGAAUCAUGACCGUUGAUGCUGCGAACCACACGAAGCUGUGGCAGACGGUGCACCUUGUGAAUGGAAGUCUGGUGUGCAGGGAUACCACCAGGUCGACCACUGUGGGCCGUUGUGACCUCAACCUUGUGUAUCUUCCUGAGGACGUGUCAUGCAGAGCGGUCAACACCUUUUGGUCUGUCCACGUGUUGUGUGUGAUUGGCAAAGUCUUCUCUUCACGGGGACCUUACAGAUGUGAGCUAUUUCGACUCAAAGACGAUUCAGAUAAGCAGCAAUUGGAAACAAUCACCAUGACUACAUCUCCAACCAGCGACAAGAUCACGAGGGAUGCGGUGAAGAUGUCGGGUGGCUGUCGCUUUACCUCUACAAUUCCUGAAGAGGAAGGAAACUAUAGCUUCGUGGUCUCUGUCUUACCACCGAAGCUCAGCUAUUUUGCCAAGUUUUCUGAAGAACGCACGUGGUACUUAACUGAAAGGCCCUCACCACCACGACUGUCGUGCUGGCCCUCGUCCUGUGUGCUCGGACACACGGUCAUCGUGAAGUGCACGUGCACUGCCCAACGUCUGGGGCAGCCAACAGGACGUCUACAGCUGCUCGUGGGCAACCGGACACUCGUUGCUAUGGCAACGAGCAGUGAACAGGAAAAUGGACAAAUACGUGAGCUACACCAUGCACUGGCCUUAGGGGCUGAUGAUAACGAAACCUGGUUCAGAUGCGAUGUCCUGUGGGGGGCAGAGGUGAUUGUGGGAGAGGACUACACUGCUAAUGUAAUAUGUAAGUGAUUGGGUCUUUAUAGGCACAUUAUGUAAUUUUAAACCAACCCGGCAUUUUUAAUUAUAAUAUUAAUAAGGAACAGUGCAACAAUUAAGGAUGCCUAAGUGUGAGGUAAACAAUGCAAUGUACUUGCUCUCUGCCCUUGAAACCUCAGUUUAAUAUUUAUUCUUAUACUUACCACGGCAUCUGAACGUGAGGACGUAGGCAAUGGGCAACUACCCCACAAAUAAGCUGGUCCCUCAGUUGGACAUAAGUGAGGGGGUACUUGUACUUUCUUCAACAUAGCAGAGUCGUGGGUGCUGUGCAAUAGCUUUUAAUUACAUGUUCUUGCACAAAUUAAAGGUAAGAGUGUUCGCUGCCUGGAUGCAGCUUUCAGGAAAUGAUUAAUUGUUUACUAAGCCUGAAACAUUAAUUUCUAGUGUGUUUAUUUCAUAAUGGGUAACCAGAGUGCAACAUUUUUUUCAUUAUGAUAGGUUUAAGUUUACUUAAAAAAUAAUUCUCAAAAUGUAAGUAAGGUAUGUAAUUAUGCUAAAUUUUAAAGAUAAAGCCUUGGGAAAACAAAAUAAGUUACCCUCUUAUCCUGAAGAGUUCCUAUGACUAGUAUUUGUCACAGCGACUCCAGAAAAACUAUGCAUAUCUUAUAGUCAGUUGAAGAAAAAUUGCUCAUAUUGUCAUGUUCAACAAACAAUUUUCUUUCCCAGAAAAUGAAACAACUGAUUUGGUAAGUCAAUAUUCUCCACAUCAAAAUGUAAUGGGAACAAUCAAGGUCAUUGCAGAAAAGUGGUCUAAACAGCUUGUACAUGUUGGUCACUUUGCCUUUACCCUCUCACUGACAAAAAAUAUUUUAUUCUAGUGUUUACUUUAGACUGUUCCUGAGUCAAGUGUCAAAAUAUUGACUGUACUCAGUUACAGAGAGAAGGGAGACAAGCUUGCUCGAAUAACUAUAUUAUUAAAACAAAAUCUGGAACUGCCUGCUCGAAAUGAGAACGAUGACCAGACAGCAGGAAUAAACGGUAUGGGCAAUUGUGCCGAAAAUUUUAAUAUGAAUGUUGGCAAACUGUGACCAUUAAAAGUCAACAGACUGUUUUUUUUUUCUGUUUACGCGACUUCUGACAUUACCAUCCCUCCUUCUGGUAACUAUUUCUCCUAAAAAUUGCAAUUCGUCCUUAUAUUUCCCUAACGAUCCGGAUGUCGUCACUUUCUUUUAAACGAAAGAAGCUAAUGAACAUAUGUUAAUCAGACACCUUGUCAGGAUGAAGCGGUGUACUUUUCCCUUCCUCCUGCCGAGGGAAGGAACGGCCUCUACUGCGAGUCCGUAUCGUCGGUCGUGCACGGACACUUUUAUUUUACUUUCGUGUGCAG